CUUUGAUUUUGCCCAGGUCUGAUAGCUGGUUGAUCAAUAUGGACCAUAGGUGUAGUUUUGCUUUUUUUAAUGGCUGUGAGUAUGAUCAUUGUGUUGUCUGUUCUGGCUGCUCAGAAAGAGCGGACUGACCAUUUGGAAACUCGGGCACUGCCUGAGGGCCCGGGGGCAGUAGGGGGCCCCAUGAGAUGCCCCUGGUACCUUUUUCAUAGGCUUUUUUGAGUUUGGGCAAGGACACAGGGGCCCCAUGAUCCCCUAUUGCCCAGGGGCCCCAUGA